GAGUCUUCUCUGAAUAGAGAGGAGUCAGAUCUGAGCAAGAAGCUGAGAGGUGUAAAAACCAGCUGCAAGUGCUUCGGCUGGGGAGUGGGAGUGUUAACCUGCUUAGCUGUGAGAGUCGGAGACUGCUGCCUUCACUGCGCAUCUGCCAGUGGGGCUUUAACCACCUGCAGCUCCUCCAGCCUGUGACUCUAAAACCUGAAGCCUGUCUCAAGUCCUCCAUGAAGCAGUGUGUAUUCCAGCAGCCUGCCAUGCUCCCCUAGAGCCCCUGGUAACUGGGGAUGUGUCAUGCUGAACGGGAUGGACCAUGGAGAGGGACCCCAAGUUUCCUCGCAUCUGUGCCUUUCUCACACUGUGGCACAGGAAACACCGAGCAAAACCCUGCAGCCUGCAACUGCCUGCCCCAGGCCAGCUCUCCAGCUCGGAUGAAGGUAUCGUGAAAGAAAUUAACAUCACACACCAUGUGAAGGAGGGCUCUGAGAAGGCUGAUCCUUCGCAGUUUGAACUUCUCAAAGUUCUGGGCCAAGGCUCUUUUGGCAAAGUCUUUUUAGUAAGAAAAAUCACCCCACCUGACAAUGGCCAACUCUAUGCCAUGAAGGUCCUGAAGAAAGCAACCUUGAAAGUGCGCGAUCGCGUAAGAACAAAAAUGGAAAGAGACAUCUUAGCUGAUGUGAACCAUCCCUUUGUGGUGAAACUGCACUAUGCAUUCCAGACAGAGGGCAAACUCUAUCUCAUCUUGGAUUUCUUGAGAGGAGGAGAUCUCUUCACUCGGCUUUCCAAAGAGGUAAUGUUCACUGAGGAAGAUGUGAAGUUCUACCUAGCUGAGCUGGCUCUGGGGCUUGAUCAUUUACACAGCCUGGGAAUCCUAUACCGAGACCUCAAACCAGAGAACAUCCUCUUGGAUGAAGAAGGACACAUCAAACUCACAGAUUUUGGUUUGAGUAAAGAAGCCAUUGACCAUGAGAAGAAAGCAUAUUCCUUCUGUGGGACAGUGGAAUAUAUGGCACCAGAAGUUGUGAAUCGUCAGGGCCACACCCACAGCGCUGACUGGUGGUCAUAUGGUGUAUUAAUGUUUGAGAUGCUCACUGGCUCUCUGCCAUUCCAGGGAAAAGACCGUAAGGAGACAAUGACCUUCAUUCUCAAAGCAAAGCUGGGCAUGCCUCAGUUCCUGAGCUCCGAAGCACAGAGUCUCCUGCGAGCCCUUUUCAAAAGAAAUCCAGCCAACAGAUUAGGUUCUGGUACAGAUGGGGCAGAAGAGAUAAAGCGUCACCCUUUCUACUCCACCAUUGACUGGAAUAAGCUAUAUCGCAGGGAGAUCAAACCACCUUUCAAACCUGCAGUGGCACAACCAGAUGACACCUUUUAUUUUGACACAGAGUUCACCUCUCGUACGCCGAAAGACUCCCCUGGAAUUCCCCCGAGCGCGGGGGCCCAUCAGCUCUUCCGAGGGUUCAGUUUUGUGGCAACUGGAUUGAUGGAGGACGGCAUGGUCAAACCUACCCAGGCACCUCUGCAUUCUGUGGUACAGCAGCUGCAUGGCAAGAGCCUCCAGUUUAAUGAAGGCUACGUAGUGAGGGAGACGAUCGGUGUGGGCUCCUAUUCAGUGUGUAAACGCUGCAUUCAUAAAUCCACCAACAUGGAAUAUGCCGUCAAGAUCAUUGAUAAGAGCAAACGAGACCCUUCUGAGGAGAUGGAGAUCCUCCUGCGGUACGGGCAGCACCCAAACAUCAUCACACUGAAAGAUGUGUAUGAUGACGGGAAGCAUGUUUUCCUGGUGACUGAGCUGAUGAGAGGAGGGGAGCUGCUGGACAGGAUCCUCAGACAGAAGUGUUUCUCUGAGCGGGAGGCCAGUUCUGUGCUGCACACGAUCUGUAAAACUGUAGAGUAUCUGCAUUCUCAAGGGGUAGUUCAUCGAGACUUGAAACCCAGCAACAUUCUCUACGUGGAUGAGUCUGGAAACCCAGAGAGCAUUCGCAUUUGUGACUUUGGCUUUGCCAAGCAGCUGAGAGCUGAGAAUGGCCUUCUCAUGACCCCUUGCUACACUGCAAACUUCGUGGCCCCUGAGGUACUAAAACGUCAAGGCUACGAUGAGGGAUGUGACAUCUGGAGUUUAGGGAUACUCCUCUAUACGAUGCUGGCAGGAUACACUCCUUUUGCAAAUGGGCCCAGUGACACCCCAGAGGACAUCUUGAGCCGAAUAGGCGGGGGGAAGUUCACUCUCAAAGGAGGAAAUUGGGACACGGUUUCUGAGGCAGCCAAGGAUCUGGUAACAAAGAUGCUCCAUAUUGACCCUCACCAGCGCCUGACAGCCAAACAAGUUCUGCAGCAUCCCUGGAUAACGCAGAAGGAUAGGUUACCCCAGAGCCAACUGAGUCACCAGGAUGUACAGCUUGUAAAGGGAGCCAUGGUUGCAACAUACUCUGCAUUAAACCGCUCCAAGCCAAGCCCCCAGCUGAAGCCCAUUGAGUCAUCCAUUCUGGCACAGAGGCGGGUGAAGAAGCUCCCCUCCACCUCACUGUAGUGGGAAGCCUGGGCAGUCCAUGCCAUCGCUGUGCAGUGCUGUCACUCCUGACAUUGCACAAGCUGCUGAAGAUGGGAAGCAGGGAAACAGGCAGGAAAACAACGCAUGAAAGGAAGCCCAUUUGCAAACUGUCUUCCUCCAAACCAUGUCAAGGCCAAGUGCCUUUUUCCUUCUGAAAGACUAGCUCUUCUCUUCGUGGACUCGCCUGUCCUGAUAGAAGUUCACUGUAAAACCUUUUUUUAAAAAGUGUAAAUUGAUACAAUUUUUAAAGGGAUCCAUUUGUGUAUAUGAGAACUAGAAUGUAUAAUCUGUGUGAUGAUGUCACGAAAGAGCAAAUCUGAUUUGUCUUUUCCUGUGAAGGGCCAGACCUUGGUUCUAGACACAUCACCUUUCACGGCUGAUUUGGGGUUCAGGGCUGGUACAGCUGGAAGUCUGACCCUUUUUUUUUUUUUCUCCCCCCCCUCAAACUUUUUGUACCCUCCCCAAUGUCAAACUAGCAGCUGUUCUUUCCAGAACCACCUAUUAGAGAAGUCGCCGCAUUUUUGUGUACAGUUUGUAAAACCAGUUCUUAAAUUUCAUCCUGUAGGUUUUGGUUUCCCCCACAUGGCUGCUGUAAGAGUGCAUAAGCCAUUUUAAGCACCUACUUGGUUAAACUGUCCCAGAUACCUGCAGGGUCUGGACCAUUCCUCCUCUUUCCCCCAGCAUUCAUUCAAGAUUCUGUUGGAUGAAGAGAUGCUGAUGGGGAAGAAAUAUUCUCCUUUGUGAAGUCAAGUCUUUCUGGGUUGGCUUUGGUUUCUUUCUUUUUUUAUUCCUGUUUCACUUAGCACCAUCCAGGAAUCCAUGAUGCAAAGCAAAAUCUUUUUCUUUUUUAUUUUUUAAUUUAAUUUUGUUCUAUGGCUGGUAACUCAGGGUUUCUGUCUGAACUUUAUAAUAAACAUGUCAUUCAGUUGAA